CUGAUCCAGCCACCAUUUUGAUUUUCUGCUCUCGCUAGGUCGUGUCGCUUGAUCACUUCAACUCACACAAAUCCAUGAAUGAUUUCUGCAUUUGCGUACCAAUGUGAGGGCCUAAUUGUGAACAAUUUGUGUGUUAUAAUGUCUUUUUCAUUGUAAGUUCGUGUUCGGAGCAGUGUCUAUACGUAUUUGUAGGUACAAUCUACAAGAAUGAGCGUCAUCAUACGUCUGCAGAACCUGCCGUGGUCGGCCAAUGCGCUGGAUAUUAGAAAUUUCUUUCGGGGCCUCUCAAUCCCUGAGGGGGGAGUACACAUCGUAGGAGGCGAGCUCGGAGAUGCAUUCAUUGCGUUCAGUACGGACGAAGAUGCGCGGCAAGCCAUGAUGCUCGAUGGCGGGAAGAUCAAGGAAAUACAAGUGAAGCUGCACCUGAGCUCGCGCUCUGAGAUGCACAAGGUGAUAGAGGCGGCGCGGCAGAGCGUGCCUAUACUCACGCUGACCGCUCCCGCCGCACCCGUCCCGGCUGUGGUCCCCGCCCCCGCAACCAUCCCCGCUCCCGUCCCAGCCACGAUAGUCCCCCCCACCAUGCCCGCUGUCCCCGCCGCCCCCGUCAUCUCCCCCUUCUCCGCCGCCCUCGGCAACAACAUCGGCUUCGGCAUUCCCGGCAUCGGUAACCCCCAAGAAAUACCCCAACCGGCCGUCAUCGAACCCCCCGCACCCCUCGUCAGCCCCCCCGUAAUAACCACCGAAGAAUCCAAUGACAACGACGACAAGCAAGAAAGAAAAAGGAGCAAGGAAAAGGAUAGAAGACGAUCUCGGUCCCGCUCUCGAUCGAGGGAUAGAGACCGAAAAGACAGAAAAAGGGAUCGACGCGAUAGGUCCCGCUCUAGAGAGCGUCGGCGUCGCGACCGCAGCCGCAGCAGGGACAGGCGCGACCGCAAACGUGACAGGAAAGACCGCAGUCGCUCACGAGAUCGCUCCCCGUCUCGACGAUCCCGCGAUCGCAGAAACAAGUCGCCACAAAUAGACAAACCGUUUGAGCCGUCAGGAGAGGGCCUGCUCCCUCCUCCUCCGCCGGUGUUCGGCAAUAAGAUACAAAAUGCUCCAGCAUUGAUACAAAACAACAUACCGAACGGACCGGCAGCUCAGAUAGAACCUAAUCGUUUCUCCGACCCGACUAUAGCUGAAGCGUACAAUAAACUGCAGGAGCUCGGGAAGAAACGCAACCCCAAUGCUUUUCAAGGACAAGAGCAGCAGAAUGGUGGCCGAAUGCAAGGCGCUCGAGGCGGCGGCAACAUGGCGCGCGGUGGUAUGUUCCGCCGUGAGGGGGGGCGCCCGUCCCGCUUUGAGAAUAACGAGGCUCAACGAGAUUGCAGCGUAGCCAUCAGGAAUGCGCCCAACCACACCAGCUAUGGCGACGUGCGGCGGUUCUUCCCCUUCAUGAUCGACAAGCACGGCAUCAAAAUGAUAAACGACAACAUGGGACGACGCACUGGCAACAUAUACGUACGAUUCUGUGACCCUCGCUCGAAGCAUCUCGCUCUGCAACGGAAAAACAAUGAGCUGAAAGGAUCUGAAGUUAUCGUCGAGUCUUUAGAUGACGACGCGUAUGAUUCAGCUGUCGACUCAUUCUUACCUUACCGAGACGACAAUGGCGAGGAACACACUAUUGACAUAACCGAACCAGAAGAAAAACCGAUACCUGUCUUUACAAUACUUAAACUCACAGACCUACCAAACUUCGUUAAAGAACAUGACAUAAUUAAAAUUUUCAGUGACUUCUCCCUGCUUUCGAUCAUGCUCAACGACGACCGUAUGACGCGUACAAAAGUAGCGUUCGUACAGUUUGCGAAGCCCGAAGAGGCCAAAGAAGCCUUCGACCGAAAAGACAGGUACAUAUUUGGGCGAAGACACCCGACGAUAGCAGUGUGCUCAAGUGAAGAGUACGAGAAGGAAAAAGCCAUACAGAACGAGAAGAUGAUGGGAGAUCCUCGCACGGUCCGUCCAGAGCUUAGAGAAAUGGAGCCGCCGCCACAGCAGGAGCCGGUCGUCCCGAGGGACCCGAGGCAGCGUCGUCCUCAGUUCGAGAACGGACCGCCACAACAGGGCAGCCCUGCACAGCAGCCGCAAGGGCCAGCGUUUUUCGGAAAUACUCCAUUCCCACAGCAACAGUUCCCGCCGCAGGCGGCGUUCCCCGCGCCGCAGUUCGGCGGCUUUCCCAGCGGCGGCCUCGACCCGCGUACCGCCGCCGCCAACUGGGCCAGCCGCCCCGCCUUCCCCAACCAGAUGGGAAACAUGCACAAUCACAACCGUCCUACCAAUGAUCUGGACAACGAGCCCCUCGAUUGCGUGCUAAUGAAGGGCUUGCCUCGAGAAGCGACCGACAGAACCAUCGUGACAUUCCUAUCCGACACGGGCGCGGUUCCCGCUAGAAUACACCUGAUGCUGGAUGCUAGUGGCAUGCCGUCAGGAGACUGCUUCUGUGAGUUCCGGUCAGUGCAGGAAGCUCGCAUGGCCACCACCAAACACGGGCAAAACUUGGAAGGUUGUCGUGUUACUGUCGACUUGGUCACGCGUACCGUCGUCGAGGAGGCCCUCGAAGGACCUAAACAGCCGGAGAUGCGUGAUGGGAUUUUAGGCACGGGUCCACCACCGCAGUUCUACGAUAAUAAUCAGCGGGGUGGAUUCGUAUCGCGCGGCUUUAGGGGUCGCGGAGGCUUCGACAGGGGAGGGUACGACCGCGGCGGCUUCCGAGGUGGCUACGAAGGACGCGGAGGCGGCUUCCGAGGUAGAGGUGGGUUCAACGACAGAGGUCGCGGGUUCGACCGCGGCAGAGGUCGCGGAUUCAGCCGGGGCCGCGGCGGGUUUGAGAACGGCAUGGGUCGCGAUCGGGACUCGAUGCAGCACCAACCAGACGAAUCGGACCCCGCUUUGGAAGACUUCGGAGCACCGGGCUGCGUGGUCUCCAUGGAGAACGUGCCCUUCAGAGCCUCCGUGGACGACAUCUUGACCUUCUUCUCGGAGUUUGAGUUGACGCAGGACGAUAUUAUAAGGCGGUACAACGAGCGCGGGCAGCCAACCGGGGACGCGCGGGUCGCGUUCCGCACGCCCUUCGACGCACAGCGCGCCGUCAAAACCCGACACAUGGACAACAUUCACGACCGAAGGAUCAACCUCACAAUUCUCUAGCACAGGGACAGUGAUACAGAGGUAGACGCCGACGAAUUGGCUAGUUUCGUUGGUCAAAAAUAAAUUACUACAAGUGUAAAACUAAAAAAUUCAAAAGUUCGAUAUUUUAUGACGUUUUUCUAUUACGUCACUUUAUACGUUUUCAUACAAAUUGCAUAGACAUUUCAUGUUUUGCAGUUUAAUAAAAAGAACUAAUUUGACUAAACGGAAACUGCCCAAUUAUUGUAAAUAAUAGAAUAAUUUUGAAUAACAGUGAAAGAGACACUUGAAAGACAAUUAUAAUGCCCACCGUUGGGACGAUAGUGUUAAAAUGUGUGAUUUAAUUAAAUGAUACGUUUAUGUAUUAAGACGCAACAUAUGAUUGCAACUAGCUACAACUGUAGCCUCCAUCAAUGUAAUAAAAGUAAAUAGGUACUUUAAAUAAAACAUUUUUACUUCAAA